AUGCUGCGCACCCGUUUCCGGGCGCUCUCCAAAAUGCAUCUCGUUUUCGACUUUGACGGCACAAUCACCACCGCCGACACCAUUGCGCACCUUGCCACCGCCGCCAUGGCUGCCCAGGAGCGCCGCCGUGGGGCCCGUCUCCAGCCCGCGUGGGACGCGCUCGUCCAGGCGUACCUCGGCGACCUCGCGGCCUACACGGCGCGUUUCCGCCCGCGCGAGGCCGCGCGCACCACGCCCGCCCAGGAAGCCCUCUUCCUCGCGGGUCUCCGCGACGUGGAGCGGGCGUCGCUGCGGCGCGUCGGCGAAGCGGCGCUCUUCCAGGGCCUCGCCGCGGCGGACCUGCGGCGCAUCGGCGCCGACGCCGUGCGCGACGGCCACGUCACGCUGCGGCAGGGCUUUGGCGCGCUGGUCCGCGCCGCGCGGGACAAUGGCUGGCCGGUCAGCGUCGUGUCGGUCAACUGGUCGGCGGCGUUUAUCCGCGGCGCGACGACGGGGCUGCUGCGCGAGGAGGAUGCCGUGGUUGCGAAUAGCGCGCGCGAGGACGACGGCGUGCUGCAGGGCCCGGACGCGCUCGGCGGAGAGCUUUUGGUGUGCGCGCCCGACAAGGCGCGCGCGAUGCAGCGGGUGCAUGCUGGCGCGGGCAGCGGCAAGCUGCUCUACUUUGGCGACGCGACGACCGACUUGACGUGCUUGCUCGAGGCGGACGCUGGCGUGGUGCUGGCUGACGGGGAGAGUGCGCUGCGGACGGCGCUGAAGAGGCUCGGCGUGGAGGUGCCGCAUGUGAGCGACGCAAAGGGCCGGAUUGUGUGGGCGAGGUCCUUUGACGAGGUUUUGGAGAGUGGCUUUCUGAGGGAAUAA